AUUAAUUCGACACAUACCAGAAUUGCUGAAUACCGUUGUUAUUUGCAUAGGUGACUAACUGCCACCAGGUUAGAAUGGUUGUACCAGUUAUAGAUUAAACUGAAGCAAGGAAGUGGCAGCAGUGAAUUUCUUAGAUCUACAUGAGAGAGUGAUAGCACUUGUCUGGCCCGUGCUAGUUAGAUUGAAAAGAUUUCUAUGAUAUUCAGAGGAAUAAUGAAUAAACAGACAGACGAUAAAUUCGUAGCUGACAACAUAGAGGCAACCAGCAAUGGCAAGAUAUCCGUACCAAGAUUUACAGAUUCCACUACUCAAAGCUCCUGUCAAGUCUUCUGCAGCCGAUUCUUCAUCUGCAUUCUGACUAUUGCCGUAAUCUUCCUGUCCUCGAUCAUCUAUGCCAUCUACCACUAUGCGUCCCAGCUACCGGACGUCUGCAACAGUGAGCAGUGUCUCCGUUCAGCAGCAGCCUUCAAGCAGAACAUGGACACCAGCGUAGACCCCUGCGAUGACUUCUACGCCUAUGCUUGCGGCCGUUGGGCCGACGAUCAUCCGCGACCAUCCCGACACGGUACCUACAGUUGGUUUCACGAGCGGCAAACCAAAAUCUACCGAUUCAUCCGAAACCAUCUGGAAACCAACGUUACCGAAUCGGAUCCCAGACCGGUCGCUCAGGCCAAGUUCAUGUACAAAGCGUGCUUAAGCAAAACCAAGGGGAGACGUCGUGAUUACACGGCCAUGAAACUUCUCCUGAAGGAGUUCGACCUUCCAUUGACUCCAACGUUGAUCUCCAAUACAUCCUUAGACCGGAAUCACACCUUCGAUUGGAUCACUUCAGUUGCCAAAAUACAACGCAAAUUGGGAUUGAACGUUAUAAUAGGUUUGUCAAUUGAGCCGGAUCAUCGUGACAAGAGUCGAAAUCGCAUUACCUUGGAGUACGACUACAGCCCAGAUGAGUUUACGUUUGCAGCCUACCAGUGGUCAAAGAUGAAGAACCCAGGUUACAGCAGAAAAAUAUUGCUAUCCGAUAAAGUCAAUAGAAAUACGGAUAGUAACGAUACAGGAAAGUUGGCUAAACAUUUUUCGAAACUAUUAGCUUUGUUCAACCCAAAUAUGGAAAACGCAGAAAUGAAUGACAAAACGUUAAAGUUAGUAAACUGUUAUGAAAAUAUAAAGCAAUCUCUACCUGAGUUUUCAGAGUCGGAGGACGAUGAUUUCGUUUACUACACUGUCCAAGAGUUGCAAAACUUCACGGACAAUCACAUCAAACCGAGGAAACCGUACCCCAUCUGGCAACACUACAUGGAUGUCCUGUUUGCCAACCUACCCGAUGUGAAGCCAUCCCUUAGUGAGCAACUUCAACAAACUCCGGAAAAUGUGGAGUUCCUUGGGAACCUAAUUGGCGUAGUCUCGUCUCAACCCCCGCUUUUAGUCGAACUAUACAUUUGGACAGUUGUUGUCUCGUUUCUGGUAGAUCAUGAGUUCAACAAUGUAGACACGGAAGAGGACUGCGCUAAAAUCUGUCACAAACUGAUGGGGCUAGCCGUGAGCUACACAAUUGCAGAUAGGAGCUUCCUGGAACAGACUAAACCACGCAUAGAGCAGAUGGUCACCAACAUACGGCUGGAGUUCGAUCAGAUGAUACUAGAAACGGACUGGAUGGAUGCCUACACCAAGUAUGCAUCGCUAGAGAAGUCCAAGGCCAUAAAGUCACUGAUUGGAUUUCCGGAAUGGAUUCUGAACGUUCAAAAACUGGAAGAGCACUAUCAAGGAUUGCAGAUUAGCCGAACCGAUCAUCUUCAAAAUUGGAUCAACGGUCUACAGUUUCUGACGGAAGCAACGCUACGAUCGUGGCAACUGAACAGCAGUAUUAUGUGGGACACUGAUCCUUCGGAUGUCAAUGCUUUCAAUUUUAUGGAGCGCAACGUAAUUGUUAUUCCAGUCGCCAUCAUCCAAUACCCGUUCUACCAUCUUGGUUUGGAGGCUCUCAACUACGGUGCUCUGGGUGAGACCGUGGGUCACGAGAUUACCCAUGGAUUUGACAACUCAGGUCGUUUCUACGACAAAUACGGAGACGAAAAGCACUGGUGGUCCAAUGAUACGGUACUGGAGUAUGAUAAACGUGCUCAAUGCUUAGUAGAUCUAUACAGUUCAUACUACGUUCCGGAGGCUAAGGCUUUUAUCAACGGAACAUUAACCCUAGGAGAGAACAUUGCCGAUCAUGGUGGACUCCGGGAAGCAUUGAGGGCCUAUCGGAUGCACGUUGCUCGCAAUGGCCCUGAAGCAGUGUUGCCAGGAUUCGAAAAUUUUACACAUGAGCAGUUACUGUUCAUCUCCUAUGGAAACCAAUACUGCGAAAGUAUUAGACCAUCGGUUGCCAAAUCUCUACUUGCUGACGAACACUGUCCUUCCAAAUAUCGAGUUCUGGGGGUUCUAAGUAAUUUGGUGGAUUUCAGCGAAGCAUUUAAUUGUCCAGCCGGUAGCAAAAUGAACCCCAUACAGAAGUGUCGGGUUUGGUGAAUCUUCGGAAGCGAAAGAUGUUUUUUGCAUUACAGUCGCGAUUCGCUGGUUGGGCCACGACCUUAACCCAACUAACAAAUUCGGUGUUUUAGUUGGGCCAACCGACAGCCAUUUGAAUACGUGUGUUUCGACUUGAACAUCACAAAUGAUGUCCAGUGACGCUCAAUCCCGUUUUCCGUGUUUACAUUGGAUUUUGCGGAUUUUGACGUACGGUUGCUUUUUAGUUGGCCCAUGACACCCAACUAAACUAAACCCAACUAAAAAGUGACCCAAGUAUUAAAAUCCCAACCAUCGAAUCCCGACUGCAUAUUGUUAUAUUUAUUAACCUUGAAUAAAACAGAAUAUUCAAUCGA